AUGACCGGUCCGACAGCAACUCUUACCCCCCUCUCCCGCGCCGACGGCUCGGCAUCCUACACCUGCCCAUUCACCGGAUCCAGCAUCUUGAGCUCCGUGAACGCACCCGUCGAGCUCCCGGGACGUCGCGAUGCCUUGAAACCGGAGGAGGCGACGGUCGAGGUUUUUGUGAAACCUGGCACGGUGCCGCCUAGCGUUGGAGAACGAUAUGCCGAGGGAGUUAUCCGAAACAUGCUAGGACAGUUGAUACUAGGCCGGGAGAAAGGAUUUCCUAGACGCGGCAUUGUGCUUACGUUGGCUAUUGUCGGUGGUGAGAGUGCUAAGAGAGGAGAUUCGUAUUUAACUCUGCUCCCUUCUCUGCUCCAUGCAUCCCUUCUGGCACUGUUGUCCGCUUCCGUUCCAUUGUCCAUGACGUUUACUUCUACCGUUCUUGCGGUAACUUUCUCGGGGGAUAUCAUCCGUGAGCCGUCUGCGAAGGAUGUCGCGGCCGCAUCGUCGCUGCAUGUGUUGGCAUUCUCGUCAAAGGGCCAUCUUCUCUUGAAUGAGAGUGAGGGGGUUUUCGAUUUUGAUACAUGGGACAAGGUUUACGAGCGUGCAUUGACAAACUGUCAUGGUGCGAAGACCAGCUCGUCGGAUGGAGACGUCGCUAUGGCUGAAGAUAUGGACGGUCGGCCUCUGGAGAGUUUCAUUCGAGAGACGGUCGAAGACCAGAUAUACCAUGACUAUGCGUGGAGGGUUAACGCUGCUGAUUAG